GCCUGCGUCCAAAAUACUGUACACUGUGCGCGUGGAGUGAGUGUGCGGUGAUCAAUAUCGACAGUGUGUUUGAAGGGAAGAUGAGCGCGGAUGUGGAGCGUGUGUUGAUCCAGCUCCAGGAUGAGGCCGGUGAGGUGCUCGGGUCUCCCUUCGAUGUGCCGCUGGACAUCAGUCCGGAUAAACUGCAGCUGGUCUGCAAUGCGCUCUUACAGAAGGAGGAGCCUGUGCCAUUCCUGUUCUUUGUGAAGGAUGCGGAGCUGGUGUCGUCUCUGGGCUCCUGCGUUCAGACAUUGGGUCUGGAGACGGAGCAGGUGCUGCCGGUGGUGUAUCAGCCGCAAGCUGUGUUUCGUGUGCGGGCCGUGGCUCGGUGCACCAGCUCUCUGGAGGGCCACACCGAGGCCGUCAUCUCUGUGGCAUUCAGCCCAACUGGAAAAUAUCUGGCCAGUGGAUCUGGAGACACGACAGUGAGGUUUUGGGAUCUGAGCACAGAAACGCCACACCACACUUCUAGAGGACACACACACUGGGUUUUGACCAUUGCUUGGUCUCCAGAUGGCAAGAAAUUGGCUUCAGGGUGCAAAAACAGUCAGAUCUUCUUGUGGGAUCCAAUCACAGGCAAACAGAUUGGAAAGACUUUGACAGGACAUACAAAGUGGAUCACCUGGCUGUGCUGGGAACCUCUCCAUCUAAACCCAGAGUGUCGGUAUUUGGCAAGCACCAGUAAAGACUGUACGAUUCGCAUAUGGGACACUGUUUUGGGCCGCUAUGAUAAGAUCCUGACAGGACACACACACUCUGUGACGUGUGUGAAAUGGGGAGGCGAUGGUCUCCUGUACACAUCAUCCCAGGACAGGACCAUUAAAGUCUGGAGAGCCAAAGAUGGAGUUCAGUGUCGAACACUGCAAGGUCACGCUCACUGGGUGAACACACUGGCUCUCAGCACUGACUAUGUCCUGCGUACAGGAGCGUUUGAACCCGCAAAUGCAACCAUAAACCCUCAGGAUCUAACAGGAUCAUUGGAGGAGAUCAAGGAAAAGGCUUUGAAGCGCUACAACAGUGUCAGAGGUGAAGGUCACGAGAGGCUGGUUUCAGGAUCAGACGACUUCACCAUGUUCUUAUGGAACCCAGCAGAGGACAAGAAGCCGGUCGCUCGUCUGACAGGUCACCAAGCACUGGUCAAUGAGGUGCUCUUCUCACCUGACACACGCCUCAUCGCCAGCGCUUCCUUCGACAAGUCCAUUAAGAUCUGGGAUGGAAAAACAGGAAAAUAUCUGAAUUCACUGCGGGGUCACGUCGGGCCGGUUUACCAGGUGGCAUGGUCAGCAGACAGUCGUCUGUUGGUCAGCGGCAGCAGUGACAGCACUCUGAAGGUGUGGGACAUCAAAACAGGAAAACUGAACGCAGACCUGCCCGGCCAUGCUGACGAGGUUUUUGCAGUCGACUGGAGUCCUGAUGGACAGCGAGUGGCCAGCGGAGGGAAAGACAAGUGUUUAAGGAUAUGGAGGAAGUAAACCGGAGAAUCCAGCGGCCCUUGGCUCUACACGCAACAGCCAAUCAGGUGUCUAGAAGCGUCACCCCCACAGGACAGUAAACAGCAGUGUCAGAGUAUUAAGCUGUCGCCUAUUUGCCCAAAGAAAAAACGCUUCGACAGCAUCACAAAAGCUGACAUAUAAUGCUCUCUGAUGCCUGAUAGCAGGAAGAUAAAACGGCCGAUACUCCAACUCAAAUGAGCAGUUGCCCUGUAGAAGUGCCGCCGAACUGACCCACUCUAAUCUGUGUAAUCUUUCUCACACACACAUUCUUUGUAAUCAACUUAAUCCCUAAUGCUGUGAUACAGGCAGCGUUAACCGGGUCUGUCUGAGGGCUGGGAGAUAACCAGCGGCGUCACAGUGGGCCGUGUUACGUCAGCACAGACGUUUUCUCAUUAAAAAAAGCAGUUAAAGGGUU